CUGACAUUGUACAGACAAGAGUCGACGAUUAUGGACUUUAUGAACCGGUUGCCUGUGCUGGAGUGAUACAGUGUCACCCCCAAGUUUCAAUCUUCGCUUCAGGAACCCUAAAGCAAAGCUCCGCCAGUACAAGUUGGGAACAAUCUCAGAAUAAUAAUCCCAUUGUAAUCAUGUAUAUCAUGAUCUGUACUAUGGUGGCCAUCUCAGCCUCAGUUGCCAAGCAGCAUAGCCUCAUCCUCAGCCGCACAGCCCUUUUCUUCCUCACUUUCCUUCGCCCAACUUCAAAAUUUGCGCCUGUUUCAACAUUCUCCCCUUACAGAGUAUAUUGCCUCUAUCAUGCAGAGCCAGUGCAGUAACUUAUGUUCACAUUGUGGCCAGUUGUUCGCCGAUUCGAGCUUCUGGGAUCCUCCAGCCCAGUCAAAUGACUCGCCAUCAGCGUAUAAAUCUGGGGCAGUGAUGAACCGGGUCUUCAGCGAGAUACAGGGCUCUGAUUGCUCCAUGUGCCAACUGAUUUGCGCAGCACUCCAGCGGGAGGGCUGUCGUCGUCUUCCCGCGCCGAAUAGACAUAUAUAUUUCUCGCGCAUUCUCUAUGGAAAGUAUACAUUCCAGACCUCCCCUGUCUCUACUAAAAUAGAGACCCCAUCGAUUUCAGUCAAGCGAACGUAUCGUCUGCGGGUUUCCACCGUAUUUCAGUACGGCACUCUGCCGGAUUUAGAAGACGAAAGAUUUUUUCAACGUCGGACUCACAUUUCCUGGGAUCGAACAUCAUAUGAAGGUGACAUUAUGUUGGUGAAAGAGGAGGGCGAUGAUGACGUGCUAUUCCAUGGAAGAACGCUGCCCCAGAACCUCAACAUCCCCUUGGUCAAGCGCUGGGUCGGCACCUGUUCUGAGCGUUGUGCAUCUGCGUGCAACCUUGAGCGGCCAGACGUAGACGCACGCCCGGCGCGUGUUAUAGAUACCAAGCGCCUGAUGGUCCAGGAAAUGCCGUCUACUCGCGAGUAUGCGGCAUUGAGUUACACCUGGGGGCGGAGCGACGUGACACAAUUUGAACUCACUAAAGAGAAUGAGCCGCAGCUCACAAAGCCUGGAGGCCUAACAGAGGUCUACACAGAAAUACCAAGAACAGUUAGAGAUGCAAUAACACUAUGCCGCGACCUGGGAAUCCGGUAUCUAUGGGUUGAUGCAUUGUGUUGGGGAACGGGGCCAGGAUACUCCGCUGAAAAGCAACCUGGAGGCAUCAGGAAGAUAUUCGAAGCUGCGUAUCUUACGAUUGUGGGCAAUGGUCCCAAUAGCCAUUACGGCUUGCAAGGCGUCCGACCGCAUUCUUCACGGCCCAGGCGCCAGAUUUUGCAAACGGUGGGCAAUCUUUCCCUGGCUGUUUGCAAACCCUCUAUCGACUAUUCCAUGAUGAAUACUGGCUGGAUGAAGCGGAAAUGGACUUAUGAUGAAUGGAAUGUAUCUCGCCGGCUGCUGAUUCUUAGUGAUCAUCAAGCCUUCUUUUGCUGCGAAACCGAGAACAAGGUAUAUUCUGAGGAUACAUAUUCAGAGCCUGACCAGGAAGCCGUCAUAUCCAGUGAUCUCCCCGAACUUGACGACUUUUGGUCAUUCUAUGAAGGCUGGGAUGGAGGAUUCGACGUUUACGCUGCUAAGGCAAUGGAAUAUUCUCACCGCUACGUGACAAAGGAGGAUGAUCUAUCCGCAGGGUUUAGUGGAGUGAAAAGCAAAUUACAGAACACUCUGGGCUCGACAUACCACUACGACCUGCCUCUGAGGUUUUUCGCGCAAGCUUUGUGCUUCUCUAUAUUAUCAGGCAGACGUCGCCAGUCGUUGAAGUUCCCCAGCUGGUCGUGGCAAGGUUGGAUUGUUUCCUGUCCAUCUGGUCUUGACUACCAUAGUCGAUGGGGAUUCGAGCCCAUAGGACACCCUGUGACUUACUUCUGCACCUCUAGUGUACAGGGGCCCGGGGGAUUCCAGUUUCAAAUGAUCUAUGAUGGCCCAGACACGGCUACCGGGGUGUCGUCGAAAAGCUUAGCUGCCGAGCAUCCUUGCCCUGCCGUGAUUGACGGUCUUCCAGAUACGCUUAAGCCACAUCUGAUAGCCUUUAAAGCACCUGUAUUCGACUUGUUCAUGUUUAGAAGCGGCGAGGAAUGGAACGUGGCUGUGCAGGAUGGCGGGGAGGCAGACCAGAACGUUGGAACUGCAAUCCUCAACUUGGCAAAUGAGCAAACCAUCUCUGGUUAUUUCAAGGUCGUUUUUAUCGGAUUUUCAUGUUCAGAAAGAGAGGGCGAGUCUAACGAAUUCUUGCUGGUUGUGGAGCCUUCUGACUACAAGCAUAUUCUGCGUCGAGUUGGAUCUUGUGUCCACCUUGAGCCAGACAAGCUCGAAGGUAGAUUCAAGUGGGAGAUGGUGUACCUGAUUUAGAAAAUGACCUAUACUUCUCAUGUUGCUUCUGUUUUCGUCGUCUAAUUUCAGUUGGUUUGGCUUUUGUUGCACAAUUGCUUGCUACUGAUGUUCUGUUAAUGACUCUA